CCAGGCGCUAUUAUCAAAUAUGGGCUGUAACCCAUUAAUUUCGUGGUAUUCCGAUUGCUUCUUUUGUUUUCGUGAUAGUGACAGUGAAUUUGUGGAUAAUUGAGAAUUGUGUUUGAAGUUUCAGUGCUUCGUUAAUGUUUAUUGUGCUUUCGGUGUACGGUGUUACAAACUGGAGAGAAUUAUCAGUAAUUUUUUAGAUAUAAGGGGAAUAUGUAGUAAAAGAAGAAUUAAGCGACACCCUUUCUGGAGCAGAGUGCAUCCCUUCAUGUGACCUACAGCUUGGGGACCUCUCGCUGCCGCUCCCCGAAUUUUUCCUGGACGAGGCACUCAAGCUUGUGGACUUGGAAGAUGAAGCUGCUGAGGAGGGGUACAUAAAUCUGAAAGAUUUAGAAAAUCUAUCCUUGGAUGCAGCAAACGUCAGCACAUCAGCCGAAGGUACAAAUGUAACAUCGUCUGAUUCUUUAAAGAAAGCUGAUGAUCCCACUGCUUCAUCAGAAGACAGUCUCCUUGCUAAGGAAGCCGACAACGAAUUCGAUUUUCUAGACGACAUGAUCCAAACACCGCAGUUUCACCAUUCCCAUCACAGGGGUGGCUUCCAAACCCGGAUGCCAUUUGUCCGUACGAUGUCAAUGGAGCAACGUUGGCAAGACCUCGCGAACCUGCUGUCAUUACCAGGAGGUCCUGGGGCUCCAGGUGACGCCCAUGGCCACGGGCAUGGUCAUCCAGCUUUCGCCCAUCCCCUCAACUAUGGACAUCACCAUCACCCUGGAGGUCCAGGCAUGUCCUACGCUACUGACGCCAGUACUGCUGCCAGGGUACUGCUCCACAACGCCUCGCUUGCCCCGCCACUGCACGACUUUAAUUCCAGUGUGCCCUACUCAAAUCUUGGGGGUACAAAUCUGGGCAACGCAGUGGCCACUUCCAUGAAUCUCACUAACAGCAGUGAACCAAUGGGAGAAUCAUCUAGCGCGCCUCAUUAUAAACUGGAACCGUCGCACGAUGUAGUUUACUACCAGAAUAGUUCGUCAGAGAUUAAUCAGACAGAUGGUUUCCUGUCUUCUAUACUGAAUGAUGAGGAUCUUCAGUUGAUGGACAUGGCCAUGAAUGAAGGGCUGUACACAAUGCGUAUGUUAGAUGGGAACAACGGCACUGGACCCAGCGUGAGCAAUGUGACAGGCGGAGUGACAGCGCCGCCUCCUCAAACAUCCGUCGCGCCAUCUGGCAGCAUGUCCAGGCACGACAUGGAGCGUAUGGACACCUCGAGCGAUAGCGCUGUCUCCUCCAUGGGUUCUGAGAGGGUACCGUCCCUUUCUGACGGGGAAUGGGGAGAUGGAGGAUCUGAUUCCGGGCAUACUUCUUCCGAGCACUAUGUCACGGAUUAUCAUAACAAAAUGCGGCCAUACGACUAUAGUUACUCCAGUAGGCAACUAAAUAAUGGCAUGACUAGCUCCGAUUCAACUCGUAUUGCUCCAGUCGCUCAGAAGAAGCAUCAUAUGUAUGGAAAGAGAUACUUCCAGGAACACAAUGCGACCAGCGCAUCACAAGCUGUACCCCCGACCCCGAUGAAGUACGAGCCAUCCUCGACAUCGUACCUCCCCAACCCAGCUGAGAGCUCUGUGCCCGGAAAGAUGCCGGAAAUGAAGUACUCGUGCUCAAUGGAGUUCGGACUCCAAGGGCAUUUGGCCAGAAACAACAUGGAUCCCAUUCAUCACAACCACACGUACCAUUUACCAGCAGAGAGCUCUGGGGCUAUGCAGAGGCCUCUUUCUAGAGACAAGAAGAAAGGUGGAAAGGCUGAGGAUGAACACCUCACCAGGUACGAUAAAAGAGAUGAAAAACGCGCUAGAGCAUUGAACGUGCCCAUAGCCGUCGAUGACAUAAUAAACCUUCCGAUGGAUGAAUUCAACGAACGGUUGUCGAAGUACGACCUGAGCGAAGCUCAACUCAGCUUGAUUCGAGACAUCAGAAGGCGAGGCAAGAACAAAGUCGCCGCCCAGAACUGCAGGAAGCGCAAACUCGACCAAAUCCUCAGCCUGGCUGAUGAGGUCAAAGAAAUACGCGACAGGAAAAUGAGACUCAUCAAUGAUCACGAAUAUACAAUGAAUAAGUGCAAGCGUAUGAAAGACAAGUAUCAACAGCUUUACAGACAUGUUUUUCAGAAUUUACGGGAUCCUGAGGGAAACCAGUAUUCUCCAUACCAGUACAGCUUACAAGCUUCAGCUGACGGAACAAUCUUGAUGGUACCACGUUCCAGUACUAAUGUUACGAAUCCUGAACAAAAAGACCCGCCACAGAAUCACAAGGAUUAAAAGCUGGUUCUUGAAUUGAAAUAACCUUGCUCAAAUUUAUUUUUUAAUAUAUAACACUUUUUUGUUGAAAUUGUUUUUUGGAAGAUAUAUUUUUAUCAGAAUGAAUAUUUAUUUUGUGGAGUCUCUGAUAUCAAUUUGAUAUUAAUUUGAGGGCGAAAGGUGUAAACAUGGGUAAUUUGCAAAAAUGGGAGAAUGAUUUUUAUAGUUGAUACUUUAGGAAAACUAAAAAUGAGUAGACACUAUAGUUAGUAUAUUGACCUUACUCAUUUCCAAUUCAAUAGGAAUAGCUAUUUCUCAAGUAUAGAAGGUUAUGUUCAAAGAUAUAAAUGAUUUUUCCAUCUUGGAACAAAGCUAUAUUCAAGAAAUAGUUCUUAGGAUUGCAGGGAUAACGACAGUUGUUAUGUUGUUGAAAACACAAAAGCGACAUUUUUCGAACAUAUCAACGUUUAUCUGAAUUGUGACUUUUUGAUAACUAUAAGGGUGGAAAGUUAGAAAAAAUAAAAUAUUUAUUUGGAAAGAUAGUUGCAGUGCACUUUUUAGAAUACAUUCCAACCUUAGUAACUAUUAUAACGUUUCGCCGUACCAUUACCUAAUUUUUUAUCUCUGCUCAUUUUGUUCUGAAAAAUCAUUCUCGCAUUUUUACGGCUCUAUUCAAACUUACAUUUUUGCAAUGGUUUCUUGCCGUUAUACAUUUUCACAUCGUAAUUUACGCGUUAUUUCAUAACUAUUUUAUCGGAAGGAAAAAUAAUUACCAUUUUUCUGCGAUAACAGAAAAAGAAAACUACAUUGGAAACUCAGGGAGGUCUGACAAAAUUGAGUUGUCUUUAGAAAAUUUAAACGACUAGCAGCUAUUUUAUUCAUCCAUCGAAUCUAUGCUUUAUAAACAAAAUAUCCAAAAAUAUAUUACUGCCCAACAUCGAAAGUAGAGAGUGAUAUAAAUUUGUGGCUUACAUUAUAGUGUAACCGGCCCUGUAUUUUUCAGGUAAAAUAUUUUUGAAAAAGGUCAUACUUUGAACAUGGAUUUUAAUUUGAUCUUGGGCCGCAUCUUAUCUCAAAGUUAACUUUUUAUUUUUAAAAUGGAAGUACCCCUUUUGGGCAAUUGAAAGAAGAGAAAACUCUACGUCCGAAUAUUCGGAAUACCAAAAUCUAAGAUCAAGCUCACGCUUUGAGGCCAAAUGUCUGAGGUAAGGAAAAAUUCAUCGAAGUCUAGCAGGAUUAUUGAUGAAAAACUGUGCAGACCUUUAGUAACAUUUAACGAGGGUUUCAAUAUUAACCUUGGGUUUGACCUUGAGCCGCAUAUCUUAUCUCAUAGUCAACUUUUUGUUUUUUAAAUGGAAGUGGCCCUUUUUAGCAAUUGAAAGCAGGGAAAACUACUUCCGAAUAUUCGAAUCAAGUUCACUCUUUAUGGCCAAAUGUUUGAGGCUAGGGAACAUUCAUCCAGGUUCAGCAUGAAUAUUGAUGAAAAACUGUGCAGACCUUUAGUAACAUUUAACGAGGGUUUCAAUAUUAACCUUGGAUUUGACCUUGAGCCCCACCUUCAAUAUCAUAAUAGUACAUGAGAAAUGAGAUCGUAAAGUUGCCCAUUGCUGGUGUCAAAAGAGUUGAAAAAAGUUAACUUUGCAGGUGAGAUUCAAUGUACAAUUUCUUGUUGAUAAGUAACUAUAGACAUGUCCUUGAUGAAUUUUUGUCUCAAUAAUCCUGCUAAUCUUCUUUAGACGUGACCUUGAUCUAAUAUUAUAAUACAUAUUCGUAUGUAGAAUUUCAAGUUAUUUCAAUUGCUCAUGAGGUGAUAUUUGAUUUACGCAUUGACCUUGGAAUAUCCUUUAACAAGGUCACUAUAACCUCUUGUUCAAAGUUAGUAAGACCUGAUCUUCAUCUUAUUAAAAAAAUACCUGUAAAAAUACAAAGCCAUUCCGUUACUUUUGAUGCACCUGAUAUAAUAAGAUAUAUCUCAAUCUCAGUGCAAUGUCAAUACAAUUCUUUGUAUUUGAAAAAGCCAUUUUAUUAAUUAAAUUUCAAAUCUUUGAAAUAACGAUUUGUAUCACUUUCUGUUUUUGACAGUUUGGUCAUUGUGUAUAAUCAGAAAAGAAGUAAUGUAGAUGCAUCAUAUAUUUAUUUGAUAGUUUCCCAUUCCAUUGCUCAUGACUUGACUGUACUAAGGCAGUCAUUGUAUCCUUAUUUUAAGGUCUUAGAGUCAAAGUACCAUAAGUUAGAUUCGUCUAGCUUCAUUUCCUCAAAAAAUUGCAGUGCAUAAGAAGAACAAGGAUCUUGAACACCAAAUGGAGUAUGGUGAAUCUGACGGUAAUAGUUCCACAAAAAUUGUUUUUGCUCACUAAGGUCUCAAUUUGUCAGUGCACAUCCACUCAAGUCACUGACAAUAGUUAGUUUCAUGGGAUAGCUUGAAUCUAUUUGGACACUACUUAAAUGUACAAAUUUUCCCGUACACGUGAAAUUCAAUUCUGUGCAAUUUUUACAUGAGCAGUGGAGUAGAAAAACUGAGUAAACUAGAGGUGUAAUAUAAACAUACUGUUAUGGGUUAAAGUAGGAUGCUUUUGUUAAAGAACUUCAGACAAGCUUAGCAGAUUCUUUAGUUGAUCAUUACUUUCUUCCAUACAAUCUUAUAAAGGUAUUUUUAGCACAUUUGGAAGGCAUAUUACUUUUUCAAAUUGGUUUGUUGAAUUCAUAUUCGUCAGUUAAAAACUUGAAUUUGAUCUUAUUGUAUGGAUUUCAAAGAAUGCAGUAUUAUUUCAUUGGAUCCAGACCAUUGAAAUCAAUAACCUUAGGUCGCGAUAGAUGGCAGACAUCACGUAGCGGGUGGUAGGCCAUAGACUUAACAACCAAACACUUAUUCUUAUCAAAGUAGAUUUAUAAAUUUAUUUUUGUGUUCUUGUCUCGUAGAUGGUGCUAGAACCCAUUUUGGACACCGGAAUACGGUAUGCUAUCUUCAGGUACAAUAUCAUCGCGUAUGAUUCAUAUAUUAAUAGAUGUAUUUCAAUUCACAGUCAACUAUGAAGUGACUGUAAAAUAUAAACGUUUUUUUUUGCACCUCCUGUGUACUGUGAUCAGUGUUGCCAGUUAGAGGAAUAAGUUCUGGUUUGCGGAACUUUCUGGAUCGUGGCGGAACUGGAACAUUUUCUUAUAUGUCUUGAAAGAAAUACCGGUAAUACCGUGAGAAUUCUCCCUGUCUCUCUUUGUGUUUUAUCCAACAAUUAAAAAAUAAAAAACAACUUAUACCCCAGGCGGUACUGCUGGUAACAUCGCUCGGUAGUUACUAACUCCACUCUCGGAAUGUCCGGGUGGAGGGUGGGCUCGAGGAACAACAUCGAAGAUAAGAUUUGUUUUCCGAACAUCUGCGGGAUUAACAGCAACAUUGAUGCUGUUCAUCACUACCUGCAAUCCAAUCGACCCGCCGUGCUUUUCAUACGGAGUCAAAAAUCUCAGAGUCUGCACCGUAAUCGGUGCCGGCCGGCCCAUGGUUAAUACCAUCUUAACUUCCCAAGCUACGAGGCACUCCAAUCUGAGAAAGAACGGGGGAGUUGUGGCACUCGUUUUAUGCUAUUAUUUUACGUCAAGGUAGUGCUGGAAGUCGUAUUUUGGAAAAGCAAAUUUCCCUAUCAAAAAUGUCCCAUCCAGUAUUUUUUACACAGAAUUAUACAGAGUGUCCCAAAAGUGUGGCACAUCUAAUUAUGUCUGAAACUAAGAGUGCUAAAAAAUGUUUAAAUACAAAGAAAAGCUUUAGGAAACCAAAUGGCGCAUCUAGUGUUGUUGGAUUUGACGUUGACAUUCACCUUGAAGUAUAAACGGGUGGAUCAAAAACAAUGUAAAACAGAUAUAAUCGACUUCGCCUGUCGUCUACCACUUGUCGCCUGACAUCUGCCACGUCAGAUUAUAACCGCGGCCUUUACUGUUGAAAAUUUUGUAUAAUGGGGUGGUAACAUAAGCAGGUUUGUGUAUUUAUAGAGUAUUCUGAUUCAGAAUAAUGUUUAUUCUAGCAGAAUGAUUUUCUAUCUGUCGGUUCAAGUUAUGUUUUCCAAGGUGAAUAAGGAAAUUUUACAGCUUUGAAGCAAUGCACUUUUCGUACCGUAUUACAGAAGCUUGAAAACACUCAAACAGCUUAUUGGUUUUUGUCAUGGUCAUGUUACGCAUUAGCGCAGAGCUUGUUUGUGUAUGUUUUGAGUAUCAUUGUUCAUUUUGGGAAAUUUAGAUUGAAUCGUAUGAUAAUUCUUGUAUUUAUACAUAACAUAACUUUAUUGAAAUAGCUGUCUUGAUGUAACUGCAGUUGCAGUAGUUAUGUGUAUUUUGUAAACGUUAGGUGUGCAGAUGAUACACUACUAAGGUAUAUAUUUAAAGGUUCUGAAAUUUUUUCGUAUAAAUCGCAGAUUAUAUUUUUUAUAUCGAAUGAUCAAGUGAUCAACACGCCUUUUGGAAUAAAAUUCAUUGUACAUAUAUGGUAGAAAUUGGUUCCUACUCCAUUUACUGUUGGAAACAAAUUCUGCAACCUAAUGAAUGAAGGAAAUUGCUUUGUUUGUUAGGUACAAGGUAAUAAACUUAGGAUUAAUAUAUAUAUAAAAAUACAUUUUUAUGUUAAGGAACGCAUGUGAUUUUCAUACAUUAUAAUUUUUAUGUAGCAGCCGUACUUUAAUUUGGUACUAAAUUUUUAAAGUGUAACAUUACUGAAGUAGUCUAAUAUUUUUUAUGAAAAUUAGGUUUUGUACAUUGUAUAGUGUAAGUAGGAAAUAAAAUUUUGGAAACGAG